CCUAGCAGACAACAAUCCCACUCACUACUAACAGAGUUACCCCACUGUCCUGGCAGACGACAAUCCAACUCUCUACUGACUGAGCUAUUCCACUGUCCUGGCAGACAACAAUCCCACUCACUACUAACAGAGUUACCCCACUGUCCUAGCAGACAACAAUCCCACUCACUACUAACAGAGUUACCCCACUGUCCUGGCAGACGACAAUCCAACUCUCUACUGACUGAGCUAUUCCACUGUCCUGGCAGACAACAAUCCAACUCAAUACUAACAGAGUUACCCCACUGUCCUAGCAGACGGCAAUCCAACUCACUACUAUCAGAGUUACCCCACUUUCCUAGCAGACGGCAAUCCAACUCACAACUAACAGAGUUACCCCACUGUCCUAGCAGACCACAAUCCAACUCUCUACUGACUGAGCUAUUCCACUGUCCUGGCAGACAACAAUCCAACUCAAUACUAACAGAGUUACCCCACUGUCCUGGCAGACCACAAUCCAACUCUCUACUGACUGAGCUAUUCCACUGUCCUAGCAGACAACAAUCCCACUCACUACUAACAGAGUUACCCCACUGUCCUGGCAGACCACAAUCCAACUCUCUACUGACUGAGCUAUUCCACUGUCCUGGCAGACAACAAUCCAACUCACUACUAACAGAGUUACCCCACAGUCCUGGAAGACGACAAUCCAACUCACUAGACAUUGAUAAAAAAAAUUAG